UUUAAAACAGCCGUGCAGUGAGACCUCACGGUCCCGGAGAUACCAGGGCUCUGUCUGGCGCUGUGUUUGGUGCCUGAUAAGGCCGGCAGACCGUGGUAUCACACCCGCACAUUGUCACUGAACUGUGACCAAACGCCUGCUGGCAGAUAGUUCAGUAACCGUUUGGUGUGAUCAUCAUUACGAUCAAUAUUAAAAUUAAAAACACCUUACAAAAUGAAACAUGAAAAAAGCACAAGACCGUAUGCUGGGUAGAACCGCACGGGGGAGGGGAGGGGGGCAGUCAUUUUCUGGGGCUUAAAAGAUUUUGGUGUUUAACGCGGGCAAUAAACGCAGCGAUCCAGACUUUUUCCAUCACGUGUAUCGGGCUUGUCGUGUGUUAUCGACUCCUGUAGUCUGUAGCGCUCAGCCAGCCCGCUCUUGCUCUUGCGGAGUCGCCGAGCUACCCGCACCCGGGCCCUGCGACAGGCGCAGACAGCAGCCAGACAGCACGGCGAUUCUGCCGGAUCUAUUGUAGCUGUGUGUCAUAUUCGCCGGGGGACGAAUAAGUGUGCUGCACGCCGGGGGAAGUGAAGAGGCUUGUCGAUAACGCUCGUCCCGUCGUUCCGGAGAGCUCCGGCCGCCAUGGUGCUGAAGGUGUUUUUCCCGCGGUGCUGCAACGCGGGCGACAGCGGGCUUCUCGUCGGGCGCUGGCUGCCGGAGCACGACUCGGCGGUGGUGCUGGCGCUGAUCCACUACCCCUUCAUCCCGGGCCAGGUGAAGAAGUACCUGAGCCAGCUGCAGAGCGAGACCCGGGUGGAGCUGACCGUGCUGGGGUCCUGGAGCCAGCCCCAGGAGGGCCAGGAGGGGCUGGAGAGCUUCCUGCAGGACCUCCGCACCAUCUUCCCCCAGGGCCGCUGGCUGCAGCUGAGCCGCCAGAGGGGCGGGGGGGGGUUCAGCUGCCAGCUCAGCCCGGGAGCCGGCGGGUCCGGGCGAGAGGCGGCGGGCGGCGACGGGGUCACCUUCAUCCACUACGACCAGCGCAAGGUCAUGCUGUCUCAGCUCCACCCGGCCCGGGGCCCCGAGCUGGCCCCCCAGGCCGAGGCGUCCGAGCUGCGGCUGGUCUUCCAGACCGUGGCGCGGAGCCAGGCCCUCUUCCGCGCGGACAGGUAUGACAGCGGCCCCCUGAGGCUGACGCACUGGCAGUCCGAGGGCAGGGAGGCCAGCAUCAUCGUGGAGCUCUGCAAGCAAGCCUCCGUCCCGCUGUGCCUGCUGCUGAGCUGGCUCCUGUCUCUGUGGACCAGGGGGUGCCGUUGCAGGCUGCUGAACUUGUGGCCGGCGCACUUUGUGUCCAGUAAGCUGUCCACCUGUAUCCAGGUCGGCCACCGGACAGAGCACCUACAGACUGUCAGCUCUCCCAGGAAGGCUGUGGACCACAUGGCGUUCAUGAGAAAGGCCAACAUCUUCGUGUCCUUCCUGGUGGACGUGGUGCUGGGGCUGCUGCUCGUCUCCUGGCUGUACAGAGAGAACCGAAUCGGUCGCCUCGCCAACGCUCUCGUUCCCGCGGCCGAUCACGUGGCCAAGGAGCUGCAGGAGCUGCUGCAGUGGCUGAUGGGAGCCCCGGCGGGGCUGAAGAUGAACCGGGCCCUGGACCAGGUGCUGGGCCGGUUCUUCCUGUACCACAUCCACCUGUGGAUCAGCUAUAUCCACCUGAUGUCCCCGUUCAUUGAAAUGAUCCUGUGGUACGUGGGCCUGUCUGCUUGCCUGGGGCUGACCUUUGCCCUGUCAGUCUUCUCCGACAUCGUGGCCCUGCUCACCUUCCACAUCUACUGUUUCUAUGUCUAUGGAGCCAGGCUGUACUGCCUGAAGAUCUAUGGUCUGUCCUCCCUGUGGCGGCUGUUCCGGGGGAAGAAGUGGAACAUGCUGAGGCAGAGGGUGGACUCCUGCUCCUACGACCUGGACCAGCUGUUCAUCGGGACUCUGCUGUUCACCAUCCUGCUGUUCCUGCUGCCCACCACUGCGCUGUAUUACCUGGUGUUCACUCUGCUCCGGCUGCUGGUUGUCCUGUUCCAGGGCCUGAUUCACCUCAGUGUCGACUUCAUCAAUUCCUUCCCUCUGUUUGCCAUGGGGCUCCGGCUUUGCAGACCUUAUAGAUUAGCAGCUGGCGUGAAGUUCAGGGUGCUGCAGAAGGAGCCGGGCAGACCGUUACAUCUUCUGAUGGAGAUCAAUCCCCUGAAGUACAGUGCAGUGCUGCAGUGGUACAGGACGCCCACAUAUAGCUGCUACCCCAAGGACUCCUGGGGCGCGCUGUGCAAGAAGCUGUUCAUUGGAGAGCUCAUCUACCCUUGGAGGCACAAGAGCACUAAGGCAGACUGAUCCCCCGGGGGAAGGGAUGGCGAUCACUCUGGGCCUGCAGUGAUGUCUCCAGUCCCUGUGCCCACAAGCAAGGCAGAUCUUCUGCUUGGAUCCCACCUCCCAAAGCAGCUCUCAAGCGAAAAGCUGCUUGAUUCAUGUAGGGGUUCACAGGAUUCUCUUCCUCUCUGUAAGAAGGCACUGUAAUGGUACUUUUCAAGGCAGCUUUAAGUUUAAAAAAAAACCGAGGACCAUGCCAAAUAUUUGAGAGCUUCUGCAUUGUCUUUCAAAAGUGAAGUUAGUGUCUGUUUCUUUCAGGUAAGUAUUUUGCAAACCCAGCAGUACAGCCUGUACAAGAAGCAUUGCCGUACAGUGUUUUAUUUUCACAAUUUCUCUUACAAUAUUGACCAUCUUUUGUUUUAAAUAUUGUUAAACGGAAUAUUCUGCUAAACCAGUAACUUGCAAUGCAUUCCAUAUUUAUUGAACCCACAGAUAGAGUUUAGUGUUUAGUAUAGUAGCACAGCUUGUUUCUGUGGAUCACAAUGUGUCAAAACAUCACAAGUUGCUCUAGAUGUAGACUUUAAAAGGCCCAUUUUGUUCAGAGUGGAGCUCCAGGAAGUUUCAAGUGUACCGUUGGGCACCUGAUUGUGAUCUUUCAAGGAUGACCACUAGAAACAGAAGCCUUGCAGCUAUAAAAUGUCUUGAUAAAUUCAAACUGCAUCUUAUUUUGACAGAGUAUUCAGAUCAAUUUUGAUUAACCUUAUGUCUUUUUAGCUGCUGUUUCGGUAGCACAACAUGCUGAAUUUUAAUUGCUAUAAAUUGCUGCAAACAUUAUUUUUAAUAUUAGUGUUCAUAGCAUAAUUUAUAUUGUUGCAUUUUAAACUUUAUUUAGGUUUAAAAUGCAAGUUACCUUUACAUUUUUGUUCUGCUGUGUAUGUCCUGCUGAGCUGUCCCAGAUCACUUUCUGUUGUGUGUGUUUCUUUUAUUGCCAAGACAUCUAUGUAUAAAAAAUAUAUAUAUUCUGCUUUGUAGAAGAAAAAUCCAAUGUUUUGCCACUCUUAGAGACCGUGAAACCAUACCACAAACAGAUUUAAGAUUUUAUAUACAUUCCUAAGGGGUUUUUGUAUUUUGUAAGGAAAUGAUUUUAUGCUACAUUUGCUUGUGUCAUUUUAGAUUAUGUGUGGUGUCUGUAUGACUAAUUGACCUCUCUAAAACUUUUAAUAAAUUUUUUUUGCACUAUUA